GGAUGAGCGCGGCGGCCGGCUGGCUGGCUGGCUGGCUGGCUGGCUCGCACUCCGGCUGCUCCUCGCUCCCUCCAUCUGCCGUGGGUAUGGCCCGUCGCUGGAGCACAAAAGAGUCUCGGCGGCGGGGGUCGGCGUGGCUCCUGCUCUUCCUCGCCGGGGUGUACGGAAAUGGUGCUCUUGCAGAACUUUCUGAAAACGUGCAUAUUUCAGGAGUGUCAACUGCUUGUGGAGAGACUCCAGAACAAAUCCGAGCGCCCAGUGGAAUAAUCACGAGUCCAGGCUGGCCUUCUGAGUACCCAGCCAAAAUCAACUGUAGCUGGCUCAUACGGGCAAACCCAGGGGAGAUCAUCACUAUAAGUUUUCAGGACUUCGAUAUCCAGGGGUCCAGGAGGUGCACUUUGGACUGGCUGACGAUAGAAACAUACAAGAAUAUCGAGAGCUACAGAGCUUGCGGGUCCACGGUGCCGCCCCCUUACAUCUCCUCACAGGACCAUGUGUGGGUCAGGUUCCAUUCGGAUGACAGCGUGUCCAGGAAAGGCUUCAGACUGGCGUAUUUUUCAGGGAAAUCUGAGGAGCCGAGCUGCGCCUGCGGUCAGUUCCGUUGUGGGAACGGCAAAUGCAUCCCCGAAGCCUGGAAGUGCAACCGCAUGGACGAGUGCGGGGACAGCUCGGACGAGCAGGUCUGCGUGGAGGACGCCUCCGAGGGCGCCGGCCCCCCGACGGCCGCGGCCUUCCAGCCGUGCGCCUACAACCAGUUCCAGUGCCUGUCCCGCUUCACCAAGGUGUACACCUGCCUCCCCGAGUCCCUGAAAUGCGACGGCAACAUCGACUGCCUGGACCUGGGGGACGAGAUCGACUGCGAGGUGCCGACGUGCGGGCAGUCGCUCAGGUACUUCUACGGCUCCUUCAGCUCCCCCAACUACCCGGACUUCUACCCUCCGGGCAGUAACUGCACCUGGCUGAUAGACACGGGCGACCACCGGAAGGUCAUCCUGCGCUUUACCGACUUCAAGCUGGACGGCACGGGCUACGGCGACUACGUGAAGAUCUACGACGGGCUGGAGGAGAGUCCGCGCCGGCUGCUGCGCGUGCUGACGGCGCUCGACUCGCACGCGCCGCUCACCGUGGUCUCCUCCUCCGGGCAGAUCCGCGUGCACUUCUGCGCCGACAAAGUGAACGCCGCCCGGGGCUUCAACGCCACCUACCAGGUGGACGGCUUCUGCCUGCCGUGGGAGGUGCCCUGCGGGGGCAACUGGGGCUGCUACACGGAGCAGCAGCGCUGCGACGGCUACUGGCACUGCCCGAACGGGAGGGACGAGGUCAACUGCACCGCGUGCCAAAGGGAAGAGUUUCCCUGCUCCCGGAACGGCGUCUGCUACCCGCGCUCCGACCGCUGCAACUACCAAAACCACUGCCCGAACGGGUCGGACGAAAAGAACUGCUUCUUCUGCCAGCCGGGCAACUUCCACUGCAAGAACAACCGCUGCGUGUUCGAGAGCUGGGUGUGCGACUCGCAGGACGACUGCGGGGACGGCAGCGACGAGGAGAACUGCCCGGUCAUCGUGCCCACCAGAGUCAUCACCGCCGCCGUCAUCGGCAGCCUCAUCUGCGGCCUGCUGCUCGUCAUCGCCCUGGGCUGCACCUGUAAGCUCUACUCUCUGAGGAUGUUUGAACGGAGGUCGUUCGAGACCCAGCUGUCUCGAGUGGAAGCCGAACUGCUCAGACGAGAAGCCCCUCCCUCGUAUGGACAGCUGAUCGCUCAGGGCUUAAUCCCACCCGUGGAAGACUUUCCAGUUUGUUCACCGAAUCAGGCGUCGGUUUUAGAGAACCUGAGGCUCGCCGUGCGCUCGCAGCUGGGCUUUACUUCCAUCAGGCUCCCUAUGACGGGCAGGUCCAGCAGCAUUUGGAACCGGAUUUUUAAUUUUGCAAGGUCACGGCACUCGGGGUCGUUGGCUCUGGUCUCAGCAGAUGGAGACGAGGUCGUCCCGAGUCAGAGCGGCAGCAGGGAGACGGAAAGGAGUCACCUUCACCGAGGCUUGUUCUCCGUGGAGUCGGACGACACCGACACCGAAAACGAGAGAAGGGAUCCGGCAGGAGCGGCCGGUGGGGUGGCAGCGCCCCUGCCCCAGAAGGUGCCCCCCACCGCGGCCGUGGAAGCCCCGGUGGGAACGGGCGGGGCCCCCUCGGUGGCGGCGCAGAGCAGCCGGGGUGGUGGCCGCGCGGAUGCCAGGGACGCGCCCGGCGCGGAGGCCCCGAGUGCGAGCCCCGCGCGCCACCAGCUCACCAGCGCCCUGAGCCGCGUGAGCCAGGGCCUGCGCUGGGUGCGGCUCACACUGGGUCGGGCGAGCGCCCCGCAUCAGAACCACAGCCCCCUGAGACAGCUGGAUAACGGGGUGAGCGGCGGGAGAGAGGACGACGAUGACGUGGAGAUGCUCAUCCCAGUUUCCGACGGGGCUUUGGACGUUGAUGCCAGCGACUGCUCCCGGCCCCUUCUGGACCUGGCCUCGGACCCAGGACAAGGGUUCAGACAGCCCUACAGCGCCGCCAACCCCGCGGCCAGAGCCGGCAGCCGCGACGGCCCCUGCCUGCGCUGCGGCAUCGUGCACACCGCCCAGGUACCCGACACCUGCUUGGAAGCCACGGUGAAAAACGAAACAAGUGACGACGAGGCUUUGCUAGUGUGUUAGGACGGCGUCCCCAGAGAGACUGCAAGCUGGAGCAAUAUCCAUUCAUUGUUUUGUAACUUCACAAUUAAACUAGUUUUGGUUUAAAACAAAGAGAUGCAGGGUGAUUUUUAUUACUAUUAUUGUCAUUAUUAUUAUCAUCAUUAUUAUUAUUAUAUGUUAGCCUGCAUGGUUAAAUUAAACAAUAAUGCGUGACUCUAUGAGCUAGAGUUUACUGGUUUAGCAGUUGAAAAUGCAUUAUGUGUUUGGUUUCAAGAGUCGUGUUCUUCCAUUUGUUUUUACUUAUUUUGUUUUAACUUCUGGUACUUUAGUUUAAUAAUGAAACAUGGCUGCUUUAACUCACUGUCAUUGUAUGUAUCUUAUGUUAAAAGGUUUGUUUGUGUAAUUGAGUCUUUCAUGCUCUUUGACACCAUGUAAUUUAUUAUUCUAGAUGCUAAGGUUGUUAAUGUACAAAAACAAAAAAGAAAACAAACCCACGUAAUCACCUCUUUAUUUACAUAACAUUGUCUGCUGCUGGAUGGGCCUGUCAAAGGGAAAGGAAUUCCCUCUCACGUUUAACACACAUUGACGUAGAGUUAGACACAUUGCUGUCAGAAAACAAACUUUUCUAGAUUUUCUAACGCUGACUUUAAUACUCUAAUAUGGUACAGACCAAAUGGUAAAAUCCCAAGACAUUUCUGUUUUCAUCUCCAUUUAGGGGCAGAAUUAAGCGGAUGAAGAUACUCUACUAUGCAUUAAACUUUGAACUUUAUAAACUAUGUACAGAAAUUGUACAUGCUAAGUUCCACCUGGCAAUGUCUUUCUCCAGUACAGGGGUUUGCUUGAGUUGGAUCCUAAGGGGUUUGCACUAAAGUCCUACCAAGGUCUCCCGAGAGUCCGGUGCGCUGGCACCAUCCUGUUAGAUGCUAUCAUUUGCUACCACAGUGACUAUAUAUUUCCAUAGCUUUGGGGGAGGGGGACCAUUUUUACUACAACUUGAACUUGCUUUUCCGGUUUCAUAUUUAUUAUUUGUUGUAUUUAAAAACUGCAUUAUUGUAAGAGUGAUUUUUUUCACAGUAUAUUUUAUUCUUGGGGUACAGAGAGGGGGAGAGUCACUGCUACAAUCUUGAAAAGCAAAUUAAGAAUUUGUUCCAAUUGCCCCCCUCUUUAAGUAGAGUGAAUUACAAGACCCCAUUUUUUUUUUAGUGUCAAUUCUUGUUUAUUUAUUCCUUAGCUGUCUGUUUCAGUAGCUUAAUGAUUGGGUAUGAAGACGUGUUUGUAUGUGGUUCUUGCUAUUUAUUACGUUUGGAAUACUUUGCUGAAUGUCAUUUUAAAGCAUGUUUGAGGUCUUGUGUAUCUGUCCUGUAUGCCGUCAGGGAGACCUGACUUAAAAUGUUUUAAUAUGUAUCAAAAAAUUAAAAUAAUUUUUUUUAUUGCCUUGAGGUACUUUUUAAA